GUGGGAAGCUCGAACUUUGAGUUUGUCGUUCGUCAAUUUUGCCGAUGAUUUUUAAGCUUUUAAUAUCACAAUUUCCUGUAAUUUACAUGUGUGGUAAAACGUAUGACCAAGAGUAAACCUUUCCUUAAGCUAUUGGCUUUAUUUUCUCAGUGUAGUGUAGUGGAGUUAUAGGAACGAAAAAAACUUUCGUUACGUGGUAAAUUAAAAAAUAGGAAAAAACUCACUUUCCCAGCCUGGUAAACAACCAUGUCAUCGCCGUCCAAGAAACGUUACAAAAAACAAACGUGGUACAUGCGAUUUAUGUACAAGAGAUUGCCGAUCAUAAAAACUGUGCCCGAAUACAAUUCGGAAAAGGCUUUGGCGGAUUUUAUAGCGGGAAUUACAGUAGGACUUACGGUCAUACCACAGGCGUUGGCUUACGCGACUCUGGCUGGACUGGACCCACAGUAUGGUCUAUACUCAUCUUUCAUGGGAUGUUUUGUCUACGCAAUAUUUGGUUCAUGCAAAGACAUCACGUUAGGCCCCACUGCGCUCUUGGCCCUCAUGACGUAUGAGCAAAUACAGGGUCGAAACUUGGACUACGCCGUACUUCUGUGUUUCCUAACCGGGGUAGUUCAACUGGCUAUGGGAAUAUUGCACUUGGGGGUUCUAAUAGAUUUUAUAUCGGUACCAGUGACAGUUGGUUUCACGUCAGCAACGUCCGUUAUAAUUGCGGUGUCUCAACUCAAAGGUUUAUUGGGACUCCAAUUUAGAUCCAAAGGGUUUAUGGACAAUGUGAAAAAGGUUUUUGUGAAUAUUCCCAAUGCCAAUGUAGCUGAUAGUACUUUGGGCAUUGCGUGUAUAGUUAUACUGCUUAUAAUGAGGAAAAUAAAAGAUGUGAACUUGUCGCAAAGUCGGAAAGGUCUAAAGAAAACCUUAUGGUUAUUAUCAACGUCACGGAAUGCGUUUAUCGUAGUAAUGUGCUCUUUGAUAGCUUACGCGUGGGAUUCUUAUACAAAAUCACCAUUCAAGCUCACUGGUACUGUAAAGGAAGGCCUCCCAUCUUGGUCACUGCCGCCAUUCGGCACACAGCUGGGCGACAGAAAUGUGACAUUUGUAGAGAUGUGCUCCGACUUGGGAUCCUCGAUAGUUCUGGUGCCGAUCAUCGGAGUACUGGGCAAUGUCGCCAUCGCUAAGGCUUUUGCAAGCGGGGAGUCUGUGGAUGCAACCCAAGAGCUGAUAACCCUUUCCUUGGCAAACAUUCUGGGAUCAUUCGUCAGUGCCAUGCCUAUAACGGGUUCAUUUUCACGCAGCGCUGUCAAUCACGCGAGCGGCGUUGCCACACAACUGGGAAGCAUUUUUACAGGUAUUUUAGUCCUGUUGUCUCUAAGUCUGCUCACGCCAUACUUCUACUAUAUUCCGAAGGCAUCGCUGGCCGCUGUCGUGAUAUGCGCGGUCAUAUUCAUGAUCGAGUAUGAGGUUGUAAAACCGAUGUGGCGCUCUCGCCGCGCAGACCUCGUGCCGGCGUUCGCUACGUUCGCGUUGUGCCUUAUAGUUGGCGUGGAACUGGGCAUAGUAGCCGGGGUCCUACUCAAUGUUAUACUGCUACUCUACCCCAGUGCGAGACCCCAAAUGGAAGCUGAAAUUAUCACGAAUAACACAGGCUUCAGUUACCUGUUGAUAACCGUGGGCAACAGCCUUUACUUCCCCGGCGUGGAGUACAUCAGGCAGUAUGUGACUCGCGCGGCUAAGAAGCAGGGAGGUUGCAGCAUGCCAGUGGUCAUCGACUGCAGAUAUGUGCUUGGUGCUGAUUUUACCGCAGCGAAAGGCAUUUGUGCGUUGUCGAACACAUUGUCGUCCCGCGGUCAACCGCUCGUGCUACUAUCGCCACGGACUAAUGUAGCGUCCGUGUUCACUGGAGCCGGCUCCAGCGUGGUUGUGGUCAUGACUGCCGCGGAAUUGGACGCUACUUUACAAGAACUCACGGGCCAAAUCGCUUUACCAGUGAUAAACGGAGAGGGAAAGCGUGUAACGCCGCCACCGCCAUACAAAUCUCUAAGUCAAUUCGACGAUGACACCAUAGAAGUUAUCAUAGCCGACGAUCAAAACAGUGCACCUUUACUUACUACUCCGAAUGGACGGCGAAAGAGUUUGACAAGGGAAGUGAAUGAUACGUGACGUCAUUUUAAAUAAGUUAGAAUCUUAGUGUAGUAAAUUAUAUUAAUUAUACUGCCAAUCGAAGCUAAAUCGGCUAUUGUAAUUAAGUUGCUCUAAAUUUUGUAUAUCGGAUAAAAUCUUCGUCUGCUCUUACAAAAUUUCAUAUAAGUACAAUACAAAGUACAACAAGCUUAUAUUUUUUACUACUUAGUAUCCUACUAAUAUUAUAAUUGCGAAAGUGUGUUCGUUUAUUGGUUUGUCCUUCAAUCACGCCGCAAAAAAGCUGAUCAGUGUGAUUUUUUGCAUGAAUAUAGUCAAAGACCUGGAGAGUGAUACAGACUUUAUUAUUAUCUCGUAAAAUCAAAAAGAUCCCACGGGAUUUUUAAAACCAAAAUCCAUGCGGUUGAAGACGCGUUGUUGUUAAUAUUUCUUUGUUUUCAUCAUACUACAGCGGAAUAAACUUGUUGUUUCUUGUAUUUCAAGUUUUGUAAUAGAGCCGCAAAAAGAUUAAGGGUAGAUGGUUCUUUUUUAAUUCCUUAAUUUAAGGUGUUUUUCCUUUCGGAACAUAUCACGAAAGGCAUCUACGCUUAUUAAAUUACCUUCUUUCGUAAGGCCUUCUUGUAAAACCAUAACCAUAGCCUCAUCCGACAAGUUGGGAUAGGGCGUCGUUACAGCCGCCAAUCUGGCGAAGCAUAGCAAAUUGUGUAAAUACCUCCCAUUUCUCCGCACGCCACGUUACUAACCAUUCCACCAAUAAGUGGUGUACAUCCACAGGUCUAUAACAAUCGAGGCAGUUAGGAGAUAAGACUUUUAAUUAAGAAACCAAAUUUAUUUAGUGGCAUGUGUCCGGAAGGAUAGACAGUUCGUUUCACCUUUUAUACCAGUUACCUUUUAUUACCAGUUGUUCUUGAGAUAGUGUAAAAAUAAUGGGAAGGGCCGUA